GAAAAGACAGACUAUCCAUUUUUGUUCUACUUCUACAUUUUCAGAAACAAUUUUAACACAAGAAAAACACAAGAGUAAAUUAAUUCUGAGUUAGAAGAGUGUAGGAAGGAGCAAAGUCUCACAAUCAAUCAAUCAAAAUUCUAACCCACUCAGAUAUUUUGUAGAUCGAUCACUAUGCACCGUUUCAACUGCCUGUUUCUCUUUAACUCUCUCUCUCUCUCUCUCAGCCCUUCUUUUAAUGCUCCUUAACGGCUACUAGUUCUUGAUUCCAACCCCUCCCCUCCCCCACUGGCUUACCAUUAUCGCCAGUAAAUACACACAUUCAUACACAGAGUAGGAGAAGAACAAGAAGAAGAAGAAGAAGAAGGCAUGGAUUUCAAUUCGUUCUUGACGUCGUUAGGAACGUCGUUUGUGUUAUUCGUGGUCUUGAUGUUUCUCUUCACCUGGCUCUCGCGCCGACCCGGUAACCAUGUUGUAUACUACCCCAAUAGGAUUCUUAGAGGCAUGGAUCCCUACGAGGGACUCCGCGCCAGCCGGAACCCCUUCGCUUGGAUCCGGGAAGCCCUCGUCUCCACUGAGGCAGACGUCAUCAGAAUGUCCGGCGUUGAUUCUGCUGUCUAUUUUGUUUUCCUCACUACUGUGCUGGGAAUUCUGGUUUUGUCUGGCCUUGUACUUCUACCAGUGCUUCUGCCAGUUGCUGCUACUGCUCAUGGUGUGAUGAAGGCCAAGGACACCACCAGUGAAGGAUCUUUUAAUGACCUUGACAAGCUAUCUAUGGGGCAUGUCGAACAAAGAAGUGCCCGAUUGUGGGCAUUUGUGAUAGCGACCUAUUGGGUUUCCUUUGUUACAUAUGGCCUCUUAUGGAAGGCAUACAAGCAUGUUUCUGAUCUGAGGGCUGCAGCGCUUAUGUCACCCGAUGUGAAGAAUGAGCAGUUUGCCGUGGUUGUUCGAGACAUACCUCCUGCACCUGAGGGCCAAACUAUAAAGGAACAGGUCGACUCGUAUUUUAAGGCUAUCUAUCCAGAUACCUUUUAUAGGUCGAUGGUGGUCACAGACAAUAAACAGGUCAACAAAAUUUAUGAAGAGUUGGAGGGAUACAGAAAGAAGCUGGCACGUGCGGAAGCCAUAUAUGCCGAGUCCAAAGCAACUGGUAAUCCCGAAGGAACGCGACCAACUACUAAAACUGGCUUUCUAGGUCUUAUUGGUAAAAAGGUCGAUGCAAUAGAAUACUAUGAUGAAAAGAUAAAAGAGUUGAUUCCAAAGUUAGUAGCUGAGCAAAGGGUCACUCUGAAAGACAGACAGCAAUCUGCAGCUAUCAUCUUUUUUAAUAACAGGGUAACUGCAGCAGCUGCAUCACAAAGUCUGCAUGAUACGAUGGUUGAUAUGUGGACAGUCUCAGAUGCUCCUGAACCCAACCAGUUAUUAUGGACCAAUCUCCCGAAAAAAUUCUACACAAGGCGGAUUCGGCAAUAUGUGAUCUAUUUUAUUGUGUUUUUGACCAUUUUCUUUUACAUGAUACCAAUUGGUUUCAUUUCUGCAUUGACUACUCUGGACAACUUGAAGAAGCUUCUCCCCUUUCUAAAACCGGUUGUGGAUCAAGCCACUAUCAAGACAGUACUAGAAGCAUAUUUGCCGCAGCUCGCACUUAUAAUAUUUUUGGCGCUGUUGCCAAAGUUCCUACUGUUCCUAUCCAAGGCUGAGGGCAUUGCUUCAGAGAGUCAUGCGCAAAGGGCUGCAUCUGGAAAGUACUUCUAUUUUUCAGUCCUAAAUGUAUUUAUUGGUGUUACGAUAGGCAAUACGCUUUUCACUACAUUGAAGCGUAUUGAGAAGGAUCCGAACUCUCUUGUCCCUUUACUAGCAGAAAGCCUCCCUGGAAGUGCGACUUUCUUCUUGACUUUUGUGGCUUUGAAGUUCUUCGUUGGCUAUGGGCUUGAGUUAUCACGAAUAGUUCCUCUGAUAAUAUUCCACCUGAAGAAGAAGUAUCUCUGCAAGACUGAAGCUGAGGUGAAAGAAGCCUGGGCUCCUGGAGAUCUUGGAUAUGCAACUAGAAUUCCUGCCGACAUGCUGAUUCUCACCAUUGUCAUCUGCUAUUCUGUUAUAGCACCUCUAAUUAUUCCAUUUGGCAUCAUCUACUAUGGGUUGGGAUGGCUUGUUCUUCGGAAUCAGGUUCUUAAAGUUUAUGUUCCUUCAUAUGAGAGCUACGGAAGGAUUUGGCCCCACAUUUAUGUCCGCAUCAUGGCUUCCUUGAUCCUCUAUCAAGCUACAAUGUUGGGUUACUUUUCUGCUAAGGAAUUCAUAUAUACACCGGUUCUGAUUCCACUUAUUGUUCUGUCCUUCAUCUUUGUAUUAGUCUGUCGGAAGAAAUUCUAUCGAUUUUUCCAGUGCACAGCACUUGAAGUUGCUUCCCGUGAACUGAAAGAGACUCCGAAUAUGCAAGUUGUUUUCAGGUCGUUCAUUCCCCCAAGCCUGAGCUCUGAGAAAGCCGAUGAGGAUCAGUUUGAAGAUGCUUUAUCUCAUGUUGUUUGAAGAAUGCUUCAAGUCAAGUAUCCCAAACAGGGUCUAAUGUUUGAUGUACAUUUUGUGAGUUAUCACUGGGAUGUUUGUAAUCUAUGACUUUGACUAUGUUAGAACCAUUUGUUCAUAGUUUCCACUAGGGGGUGUUUGGGUGUUGUAUUGUGGGUUCUUCUGUUAUAUAGAACAUUUUGUUUGUCAGGAGAAAUUGUCAUUUAUUCUGCCAGAAUUUGGUGUGUAUUUAGACAGAGAACAAACACUCCUUUAGGAGGUAGGUUACUGGUUAUUCCCAAGUCCCAGCUGUUGCUUGUAAUAGAAAGACGAAUGAAUUUCUUCAGUUCUUGGCAAAGCCCGCUUUUUCUU